CCUCUUCUCUCUCCUGCGUGUCGAACUCGAACACGAAACUCCAAAGUCACGAGCGCUCGACAAAAGAAAAAACUCGCGAAAUAUCUCUUCGUCCCCCGGUGAGUCGGCGAGAUGGCGGGGAUCUCGCGCGCGAUCCGGGCCUGCGCCGCCGCGUCCCGGCGGAGCCUGUCUGCUUCUUCGGCGGCAGCGGUGCCGAAGGACGCAGCUGCGGCUGGGGUCAGAGCGGCGGCGGCGGCGGCGGUGGCCGGGCACAAGGGGCGGGAUCGGGAGGACGGGAGGCGUGUGCAGUGGGUGUUCCUGGGGUGCCCCGGGGUGGGGAAGGGCACCUACGCCAGCCGCCUCUCGCAGCUGCUCGACGUCCCGCACAUCGCCACCGGCGACCUCGUCCGCGACGCGCUCGCGUCCCCUGGCCCCUUCUCCAAGCAGCUUGCUGAGAUUGUCAAUCAUGGAAAACUGGUGUCUGAUGAGAUCAUCAUAAAUCUGCUGUCAAGACGCCUGGAAGAGGGAGAAGAAAAGGGUGAAUUAGGAUUCAUCCUUGAUGGCUUUCCUCGGACCAUAAGACAAGCGGAAAUACUGGAAGGAGUCACAGAUAUUGAUUUGGUGAUCAAUCUCAAGCUCCGAGAAGAAGCUCUGGUUGCAAAAUGCCUUGGUAGAAGGAUGUGCAGCCAGUGUGGAGGAAACUUCAAUGUGGCCUCCAUUGAUAUUGAGGGUGAGAAUGGUGGACCUCGAAUGUACAUGCCUCCACUACUGCCUCCUCCACAAUGUGAAUCAAAGCUGAUUACUAGACCAGAUGAUACUGAAGAGGUGGUAAAGGAGCGACUGCGUGUGUACCAUGAUUUGAGUGAGCCGGUGGAGGAAUUCUACAGGGCGCGCGGGAAACUCUUGGAGUUCAAUCUACCUGGUGGAAUACCUGAAUCCUGGCCAAAGCUAUUGCGAGCAUUGAAUAUAGAAGACCCCGAUAAUGAGAGAUCUGCCGCAGCAUGAUUCUUGUUUCAGGAAUGCUCGUAACACAUUUGUAGCUUAUGCCAAAGUUAGUUUAUUGAUGAGCAUUCCUUGUAUCUCAAUAAACUAGAAAGUAGUCCAUUUGGGGGGUCCAAAUUAUUUUGGUGUAGCACUCAAUUGUAUAGCUGAUUGAUCAUCGAUGGGCAAGAUCGAUGGGUGUGUUGGUUGUUAUUCUCAAGAGUAAUGUCUGUAAAAGGCAAGGAAUAAUUGUUCAACGCUGAGACAUUCAUUUGUAGCAUGUAUGGCUGUAUCAUACUCGUGCUCGUGGAAAGAGGUAUAUACACCAGAAGCGGAUGGAACCGCUGGUGGAUAUGAUUGAAGUUA